GAUUGUAAGAAGACACAUACGCUACCUAUUCAAUUCAAUAAAUAGUAGGAAUUUCAUUCGUUUUUCUCUGAAAAGUGCUAUGUUAUCAAAAAAUGGCAGAUCUGCAGAAAAUUCGAUCUGAUGUUCACAAUACGUUUAAACUCAGUGGUUUUACAACUCGGCGGGAGGCGACUACUUUCGUCGCUGAACAACUUCUUCCACUGACUAUUCAAGAAAGACAGAAGAUGCUAGAUAAGCUUACCACACGCUUACUUCACCAGUGCCUCUCACAGCCUGUCCUUGAAAAGGAACAUGUAGAAACUGCCUUCAAAGAAUGUUCUUCACAAGGUCUUGAGGAGACUGAAACUGUUUUGAACAUCAUUGAUGCAUUUAGCAUUCCGAAGUUAAAGUAUGACACAGAAAGGAAGAAAUUCACGAAAGAUCUGUUAAAUACCAAUAAUUUGUAUCCUGACCCGAAAUGGAAAGCACAGUUUUUGAUAGAUAGAUAUAUGAUCAUAUGGCAAAGGACUGUUAGAAAUAAACUUUUUGCACAAGAAACUUUACCGAGUAUGGCGGAAGAAAAGAGGUUUCAAUUGCGUAAAGUAGAGGUACUGUUGAGUUCUUCUAGUAAAAUUGAUGAAGUUAUUGUUUUGGGGCUAUUGACACAAUUGACAGAAGGAAAGUUUUACAUUGAAGAUCCAACUGGAAGUGUGCUACUUGAUAUGACCCAGACUAGGUAUCAUUCUGGUUUGUUUACCGAAAAUAGUUUUGUUUUGGCUGAAGGUUAUUAUGAAGACAAAGUGCUACAUGUCAUGGGUCUUGUGUUACCGCCUUCAGAAAAUAGAGCAACAUCUUUACCAUAUUUUGGAAGUUUAAAUACUUUUGGAGGAAAAUCAAAGACAUUGUUGAAAAACUCUCAAAGUUUACUUAAAAUUGAGCAAGAGAAUGAAGAUGGCAUGUUUAUAUUUUUGUCAGAUGUUUGGCUUGAUAAUCUAAAAGUUUUAGCAAAAUUAAAAACUUUGUUUUCAGGGUUUAAUGAAUUUCCUCCAAUAGCAAUUAUACUUAUGGGUGAAUUUCUCUCUUGCCCUUAUGGAUAUGAACAUAGCACUCAGCUUAAAAUAGCUUUGACAAAUUUGGCAGAUAUCAUUAAUCAGUUCUCAAAAUUAAAAGAGUCUUGUAAAUUUGUAUUUAUACCAGGUCGUGGUGACCCUUCUGCUCCAAAUAUACUCCCAAGACCACCAAUACCAAGCUCUAUUACCACAGACAUAAGAGACAAAUUGGGCAACUCAGUAAUAUUCACAACAAAUCCAUGUCGAAUACAGUAUUGUACUCAGGAAAUGGUACUUCUCAGGCAGGAUUUGGUCAUGAAAAUGUGUAGGAAUUCAAUACAUUUUCCUGACACAGGAGAUAUUCCAGAUCAUUUGACAAAGACUUUGUUAAGUCAAUGUACUCUAUCACCUUUGACAUUAGGUGUUCAACCUGUUUAUUGGAAGCAUGCUGAUGCAUUGAGUUUAUAUCCUUUACCAGAUUUAGUUAUUGUUGCGGAUCAUUUCCAACCAUAUACCAGAACUUACCAAGACUGUCAAGUUGUGAAUCCCGGGUCAUUUCCUAGGACAGAGUUUUCUUUUAAAGUUUAUAUACCUUCAAGCAGAACUGUUGAGGAUUCUCAAAUUCCAAAGGAAGAAAAUUAGUAAGAAAAAAAUGGCUUUGACACCCAACCAUCAGUGGUUUUGGGUUCAUGUUUAUAUCCUAAGAAGGCUUAAAACUUGUUUUUGGUCUCAAUCAAUUGUAGACUGAUAUUAUUACCAGAUAACUGAUUGUAAAUAAUGAAAUAAAGAACAUAUUUAUUCUAACAUCUUUAUUAUUUUUAAAUAUUGCUUACAAAAACUAUAUUUACAAAUGAAAGAUUUUAUUAAAUUCAUCAAAAAUUUUCAUUCAGGGACGGAUUCAUACAUUAUUUAUUGUUU